AUAUUAUUGAAGCGAUUGUUUAUUUCAUUGUUCAACUUUACAAUGGAUUCCUUUUAGUAUUAUCGGAAUGUCAGUGCUAAGUUUGGUGCCUGAAGAAAAACGCAAGGAUCAGCGGAGCUCCCUGGAGAGCGUCUACAGCGGCGGUUCCCGGCUGAGCCUUCUCACGAAGCGCAAGCGCGACAUGUCGCGCGACCGCCACGUGUCGCAGCGGGUGCUGUCCGCCAAGACGCACAGGGUGAAGGCGCUGCAGAACCAGCUCGCUGAUGCGCAUUAUCAUCUGCAGGAGCUCAGCAAUGAAAACCGUGUGCUUCGGGCGAUGCAGAAGAAGCAGGAGAUGGCUUUACAAAGAUACGAGAACUCAAACGCGGAACUACCCCAAAUAUUGAACUCUCACAACGAGGAGAUAAGAGUGCAGCAGACGAGAUACAAGCAGUUGAAAGCGCAGUAUAAAGAGGUGGCGCAGAAGUUGAAGGAGAGAGAUCUACAGCUGCAGCAGUUGAGAGACGAGCACCAGCACUUACAGGAGUUGAGUAAGGAUAAAAACCUCUACGAACGCGAGAAGCUUCAAGUUCAAGUAGCAGAGCUGACGGCUAAAGUGCAACAACAGAGUGAAACUAUCAAUCUCCUACAACGUCGUAUAGCGCUCGAAGCUAAGAACUUCAGACAUCAACUACAAGCUGAAAUCAAUAAACACAAAGACACAAGACAUGAUUUGGAUAUUGCUAUCAACAAUGCUGAUAAACUUUCGUCUAUCAUCGAAAUGAAAGAGAGAAUGCUAAGCACAGCUGCAAGUAGAGGGUCCAAAUCGCCAACCAAAGUAGCGUCACUGAUGAGCAUACCUAGGCCAGUCAGUAAGGGUCCCAAAGAGAAUGCUUCGAUGCGAGCGUCUGAUGAAAAGAACAGUGUUGACCAAAAUGUGCUGGCAAAACUGUGCGAAAACUCGCGUAGUCUUAGCAGUGCCUUAUCAAAUGAUGAUACUAGCUCGUCAACUGAACCGAGAUCUCGAUACGUCACUAGCAGAACUUCUAGCAGCUCUAGAGCUACUCCGAAACCAGCUCGAAAACCAGUCAAAGAUUCCGAAGAUAUCAUAGAACUAGCUAAAACCAUUCAGGAUGGGAUGGCUGAUCUGAGUAUCGUUGACGACGAAAUGCGCCUAAGAAAUUCUUCUCCCGAAGAUAUGCAGAAGAGAAUGGAAGCCAUGAAAGCAGAUUUGAUGAGUAAAAUAAAGAACAACGAGGAAGUUAGUCAGCCAGGAUCACGGAAAUCGAGUGCGAUCAGACGACAAUCCACUGAAGAAACUAUUGAAGAGCAAGUCGAUGAAGAACCAAUAAUAGAGCGUCCUAAAUCUAGAGUUCGAAGAAAUUCAGCGUUGUCCUUCGAUGGAUUUACAGACGUUACUGUCUUCGGUAAUGGAUUCUGUACAAGCGAGGAAAAAUCUGUUAUGAAACGAGAAAACAGUAUGAUCGAAAGAAAAGCGUCAUCUAAACCUAUCGAUAAGUACUGCAAAGAUAUAAUGCACGAUAUCGAGAAAAGUGCUAAAGUAAUAGACGUGCAUAUGAAACAGUUCAGUCAUACGCAGCAAGUUAGCGAAAAGCUUGUGGAACAACUACAAGCAGUUGAUAAAUUCAAUGAUCUCGUUAACGGCAAAGGAGACAUGUCAGAGGAAGCUUUGCAAGAACUCAACAAUAAUUUUAACGUUCUCAGUCAAACUGUCGAAGCGCCUAUACCUAGGAAACGGUCUAUAUCGGGCAGAAGAAAUUCAAGAGUUGAAUCUAGAACGAGUAUUCUAGGUGAUGCUAAUAUGAGUAACCAGGAUCUGUUAAAUGAUCUGCUAGGGCACAAAUGAUAUAGGGCCUUGAAUAGAGACAGUGGUUCCCUUGUUAAUAGUGUUGAUUGGAAUUAUGGAAUUGAUGCUUUAUGAAUUUAGAAGUUAUAGGAUUGUAGCUAGAUAAUUUCUUCUUUGAAAGUGACAUUGA